GACAUGCCGUAAAGCCGUCUGCCGUAAAGCAAACACAUGGGGACAUCAUGAAGCAGCCUACAUUGCUAUAUUGGCAUAAUCGUCUUUAGUUCAAUGUUUUUUUUUUUUCUCCACAGACAGAACAGAUAUGUCUUAGCAAAACAAGUGACACGCUGUUGACACGCAACAGUUCAGUCUGUUUUAUGAACUCAGCAGCUCUGUUAGUGUGUGUGUGUUUCUAAGUGUGUGAGUGGGUACCUGUCCACACUCUGAAGGAUGUUUGUGUUGGUGGAGAUGGUGGAUACUGUGAGGAUCCCUCCGUGGGAUUUCCACAAACAGCUGAACGUAGCCAUAGCCGAGGAGCUCAACAAGAAGCUGGCAAACAAGGUGUGUAUGUGUGUGUGUGUGCAUGUGUGUGUUGUACCUGUGAGUCAUCCUCAGUAGUAGAUCAUACAGGCAGUCCGAAGUAGGGGAGACCGGGGCUUGUUGUCACUUGGGUAAGUUGUCAUAAUGCACUUUGCCACCAGAGGACGCAACUAAAAAGUGGAAUACUAGUUUUCUUCCUUUACAUGGUCAGGGGUAGUGAUGGGCACGGCAGUUCUUUUAGAUGAACUGAAUCACUAGAAUCAGUUCACUAAAGAGAUUCAUUCAAAAGAUUUAUUCAUCAAAUCGCAGAAUCAUUCAGUAUUUGGCAGGAGGAGCCUGCGACUCCGACCUCCUGAAUUGAUACACAGCUGAAUGGUUUAGGAUUCAGUUCAAGUCAUAGCUUGUCCUUGUUUUAUUAGCUGCAAAAUCCACUGUGACAUCUUACCCCAUGUGGUGAGACAACUUAACUGAUGGUGGCGCAACAUGUCACAUGUUCACACUCUCUAUUUGAUUGCUGAUGACUCUGCACUGACACAUGUUAUGAAAAUGACAUGAAUACCAAAUAUAUACCUCAGACUUUGGUUUUUCAUCAGGUACACAUUUUGUUUGUAUAUGAUGUACUGAUUCCAAAAAAUAUAUCUAAGUGUAAAAAGCGUGUAAAAAGCACCCUACAGGUGCAGCUCAGAAAAUAAAAUGUACCUAAAAAGUCAGAAAUCUCCCAUAAGUGAAAUGCUAAAUUAUUCUGGAUUCAUCGCACACAAAGUGAAGUACAGUGAAGUAACUAUUUUCUUCUUACCUGUCCCCCUCUUCCUCUACAUCAGGUGGUCUAUAAGGUGGGUCUAUGCAUCUGCCUGUAUGAUAUCACUAAACUGGAGGAUUCCUAUAUUUUCCCUGGAGAUGGAGCCUCACACACAAAAGGUAAAAGAGGUUUAUAGGUUGAUAAAUAAAAUGCUGUGAUCUGGCUUUAUCAUUUCCACAUACUUAGAAUCUUGUUUCACAUGUUUUUAUUCCAGAGGCACAGCCAGAUAUUGGAUUCAAAACCCUCUCUCUGCAUUUUUCCACUCAGAUCUCAAGUUUUUUUACAAAGUUGUGUCUCCUGUCUUCUUUUGGUCUUUCUCUCAGUUCAUUUCAGAUAUGUUGUUUUCCACCCGUUCCUCGAAGAGAUCCUCGUUGGAAAGAUCAAGUACUGCAGUCAAGAAGGAGUCUACGGUACUAUCUGUUUCCUUUUGUCAGCAUGUUUGAUUCAAUCUUAAGAAAAUGUAUCUUGGAUCAGUUAUAAGAACCUUAAAUAUUUUCCUUUUGUCUGGAUGUUCAUGGUUUGGUGUAUUUUUCAUACUUAGUAUAUGAAAACAAAGAAACACGGUCAUGAGUACUCAGUAAUGUCUGUGUGGUGCAUGCAGUUUAUUCUGCUCAGUUGGUUUUUCUACAGUAUUUACAAUUUACAACAUAUCAUGCAUAUAAUGUAAUUUGGAAAUUGAAGUAGAAAUGCCAUCUGAUGUAAAAACAACACAAAAACAUUUGACACCUUGUCAAAGAGUCUUCACUGUCCACUGUGGUUCACGCUGACCCCACACUGUAACUUCUCUGUUUCACAGUGACCAUGGGCUUCUUUGACGAUAUUCUCAUCCCGCCAGAGUCGCUUCAACAGCCUGCAAAGUUGUAUCCUUAUUUUUUUAUUCCUGUUUAUUGGAUUUUAUCAUAAAAAACACCUUUACAACCACAACUCAAGAAGGUGAGGGUUUGCAAAAUAUGUAACUCUAUAUUAUAGGGGUGGGAAUCACAUAGUGGUCCCAUGAUAUGAUAUUAUCACAAUACUGGGACCCAGGAACAGUUUCCCCUUCCCCUCAGUCCAGCUCAGGCCCAGUCACCAGCUUUUCUGAAUCACAUUAACCACUAUAGAGUUAUGUCCAUUUUUAAUACAGUUCCACCUGAAAGCCCAAAGACCAUGGCCAUCCAGUUGUAUUUUUUUGUCUCGUACCAGAGAUCCUCUGGAUUCUUACUUGAGAUGAUAAAAUCUCCAAAUUCUUUGCAAUUUAAUGAUAAACAUUUUUUUGAAAUUGUUGGACCAUUUGUUCUCAUAGUUUCUCUCAGAGUGGAAAACUUCUUCCCAUCUUUACUUUUGAGAUAUUCUGCAACUCUGAAAAGCUCUCUUUUGUAACCAGUCAUGUCUCUAAUCUGUUGUAAACUAAUCCUAUUAGUUAGGAGAUGUUCUUCCGGGGUGUUUUUCAGAAACCUGCAACGUUUCCAUGUUUUUUUAGUGUUCUUUUAAAGUUGUUAAUCUUGAAAACUGAUUCGCUACAUGUUUUUACCAUUCUGAACACAAAAUGUAGCUUAUUUUUAACUUUGACAGUGGUAGUGUGAAGUGGUCCUUAGCUGCAAACUCAGCGAUGAAGCAGAGCAGGUUUGGCUCUGGGAAUAUGAAACAGACGAGGGAGCCCAUGACCUCUACAUGGACCAGGGAGAGGAGAUCCGUUUCCGUGUGGCGGAUGAAGUCUUCAUAGACACGUCGCCAACAGGCCCGGCAGCUGCAGCCACAGACACGCCAGCACAACCAGGACAGUCAACUGCACCGCCACCAGAGGACAGCGGGGAGAAAAAAGAGGCACCAUACACUCUGAUUGUAAGAAUAGACUUCAUCCCUAAAAGACACAGUCUGUGAGAAGUUCAAUGAGGCUUGUCUUUGUGACGGUUAUGUUUCCUCCCACUGUUUCUCCUCUGCCCUGCAGGAGCCUCAGCUGUCAAUCAUGGUGUUAUACUCCCUGAUAUGAAUAUCAAUAACAAAUUUACAACACGUGUUUUUAACUCACCCUGACCUGUUGUGUUUUUCAGGGGACCAUUUGUGAGCCGGGGCUGGGGCUGCUGUCUUGGUGGAACAAUUAACACCACAGAGGAGGAUGUUGAGGAUAUUUUGUAACCAAGAGAUCUUCAUCCUAACUGCUCAGACCAAUGAGGGUCAAAUAUCUGGAGAUGCAGCAUCUCAGUGUUCGGGGACUGUAGUGAGGACUCAAAGUGAAGCUCCUUCAUCAACCACGACCAAGUUGGUGUAAAAAGACUGAUGUAACUGUCCUCAAACUGGAUUUAUAUUUACAUUUGAAAUAACCUUAAAUCUUAUAGAAGAUUGGUUGAGUUAUUUUCAGUUACAUUUUGUAUCUUUCUCUUGAAUUUUAAGCCCUUGCUUGAAAGUGAACUAUUAUUAUGAAAGCAUAAAUUGGAGCUUGUACUAAUUUCAGAAAUUAUGAUGUUAGAAAUGAGUGAGGAUGAGUGGACUUUCUGCUGGUUUGAACUAAUCUGGCUUCUGACAGAGCAACAUUAAAGUAAAAGUAAGAUCACAACAGGAACAUUUUUUUUUUCUGUGAGAUUUAGCAUUUUAAAACUAUAAAAAUGACUUAAAAAAUAUAUAUUUCCACCUCCUGAGCUGGUGUGUACAUGUGCAUAAAUCCUUAAUGUGUUGAGCAACCUUGUUACAGCUAGAUGUCACCAAACUUUCCAUUUCUGCACACUGGACCUUUAAUACGAGUAAACCUUUGGGUUGUAUCAUUUCUGGUGUCCACCAGUGGACAAAGCAGAUUGCUUUAUCUCAGCUGGUCAUGAGCAUGUCCUUUUAACGUUGAAAAUGGAAUUUAAAUUUCUCUUUGAUAUUUGAUUUUACGUUUAACACCUACAUUUUAUUUUAACAUUUACACAUUUAUUUUGAGAUUUACAACAGAACUUCAAAAGUUUAAUAUGUCAAUUCAACAUUUAGGCCUAGAGUUAAAGGGAUAUUCCAGCAUAAAAUAAAUUUAGGGUCAAACACACCAUAACACCAAGUUAACACCCCCUCGAGAGAUAAAUGUUUCCGACCGCUUGCUUCUCUUGUUCUACCAACUUUAGUAAUGACUGCGCUUCUGAGCAUUAUUUGUGGCUACAGAGUGGCGUUUUGGUUGAGGUUUGUUGAUGGCUCCUCAGACCGCUGUGUAUUGCUAUCCUGCGGUCAAUACUAAAGUUGGUAGAACUAGAGAAGCAAGUGGUCGGAAACAUUUAUCUCUCGAGAGGGUGUCUAACUCUGUGUUACAGUGUGUUUGACCCUAAAUUAAUUUUACGCCGGAAUAUCCCUUUAACAUUUUGAUUUACAACAUUUUGACUGAAUAUUAAAUUUAGGGUUUUGAAUUAACAUAAAGAAAUAUUGGGUGAAUCAUCAGCAAUAAAAUUUUUGUGAUGCAAAUCUAACAAAUAUUGCACCAUAUAUGAUUUUUAAAAGAUUUAAAAAACUAUACGUUUUUAUAUUUUUAAAAUAAGAAAAUAAAAAUAAAUAAAAUCAAUUGAAAAAAAAAAAAACGAAAAUAAC